ACGUCAGCUUGUGGGCUUCGCUCGUUUCCUCAACCAAACACUCCACUGAUGUUGUGAGACCUAAAAGCUGGAGGGCUGGUGGGCGAGUGGACCUCGGUUCAGACCCAAACUGUCAACCCCAGACGCUCACUCCUCCUCCAGGACGCCUCUUGUUUUCAAAGUGCUGGAGGAGUCGAUCACGAACAUUCCAGCUUGAAAACACACCGAAGGCUGAUAUCCGAGGCGGGGAAUACAAAGCGGCUAAAUCCAUUUCGUGUUGGUUUUCUUGGAGCAAACACGGGAUUAUUACUGCUGGCGGCGGGCGGCUGGGCAGAUCAUGGAUUAUCUGUGUUUCCGGGCGCUGUGCUGUAAAGGACCGCCACCCCCACGACCAGAGUACGAUGUGGUGUGCAUCGGCCUGAUGGGCGCUGGAAAAACCAGCCUGCUCUCACGCCUCUGCAGUGAGGGUAGCAACGGCAUUGUUCCUACCACAGGUUUCAGCAUCAAAGCAGUGCCGUUUCAGAACGCCAUCUUAAACGUGAAAGAACUCGGAGGGGCUGACAACAUAAAAAAAUACUGGAGUCGCUACUACCAGGGGUCCCAGGGUGUGGUCUUCGUGCUGGACAGCGCAUCCUCGGACGAAGACCUGGAGGCUGCAAGAACUGAGCUCCACUCGGCUUUGCAACAUCCUCAACUCUGCACACUGCCUUUCCUUAUUCUUGCUAAUCACCAGGACAAGCCUGCCGCCAGGACGCCGAACCAGAUCAAAAAGUACUUUGAGUUGGAGCCGCUGGCCCGAGGGAAGCGCUGGAUCCUGGACGGCAGCAGCACCGACAACAUGGAGGCGGUGAAGGAGAGCUUCGGUCAGUUCAUCGGCCUGCUAGAGGACAAGGACUCGGAGCCGGCCAGGAUAUGAUGCUCAUAUCUUAGUGCUGAGAGACCUUGGCUGCGGCAGGAGAAACACAGCAGCCUGCUGGUGCCCAUCACAUACACACACACCAACACAAGUAGAGCAGAUGUCUCCUCCUUACUCGUCCUCCUGCCUCAACUCUUCUGAGAAUCUGAGACAAAAAAAAUGGCAGAUUCGUUAGCUAGAUGUAGUCAAAGACAAUAAUAGUUGGACACGCACGCACACACACACACACACACACACACACACACACACACCAGUGUCACCUGGUGCAUAUUUGUCCGACUCCUCACUAAUCACUUUCCAGAAUGUUUGGGUCGUCCAUGUUCUUUCCUGUUGGUCCUGAGUGGGCCGGAGCUCAGCAUCACUGUUGUGCAGUCGUGACGUGUGGUCAGCGUGUCGGCGCUGUGUCGGCGCGUCCGAGUCUCGUAGUGUGUCAUGGUGUAGAGCCCAGCACUCGGUGUUUUUUAAUGUUUUGUAGCUGAGAGUAGUUUUUGUAUCUGCGAGUGAUGCGGUAGACCAAACCAGAGGACUGACAGGGCUGGAUGUAUUAACCUUUAAAGUCUUUUAGCGAUCUUGUUUAUUUUUAUUCUCUUCAUUUUGUCACGGUGGAACACAAACUCUAUCAAUCAGCCGCAGCAACAGCUGCACCUGACAAGUCCCUGUCUGACACCCUAAUGCCUUCCACCUGUCUGCGGCGCGGACCCUCCCCGCCUGCUGCUCAUCAACGCCCGUCAUCCUCCCAGGCGCCCCGCAACACUGUCGGACCUUUGGUGGCCACACGGACUCUCACGCCUGCACGGCCCUCAGUGCUGGCCUCUUCAGGGCCCGAACCAGAACUCUCUGCUGUCUCUUGCUGUUUUCACGACUCUCCUUUUUCAACUCCUGUUUCCUUGAUGCUAUUAAAAUGUAGAGAAAACUCUCAAGUUUGGUCUCUCAUUUUUGGAUGAAUGUUGCUCUUUACCUCGUCUGCUUCCCUCUUCCUCCAAUGACUACGAACUAUUUCAAGCUUCUACUGCAUGAGUUAGUCCCACUACUCCCACUGUAGCUGCUGCUAAUGCAGUUGUUCCAACUACUACUGCUAGCAGCAUGACCUCAGCUGCUAACACGCCUGCAACUGCCACGACAACAAUCACCUUCUAUUAUUGUGUUCACAUGUGCAGUGGAAUGGCCAAUGCACUGCACUACCUCUGCUGCUGCUGUGGCCAUGCAAAUCUACCUGCUGCUCAGACGGGACUCUAAUACACUUCUAUUACUUCUCUUGUGACUUCAACGUACACCAAUCGGCCUCCACCAGAGCACCCGAUGCCACUAUUACUCACCUACACUUCAACUACUACUACUGCUGUCACACUUUCUUCUACUAUUACAGUUACUACUGCUGUGAAUGAGUCUGCUGGUGUUUCAGGUGCUACUAGUGUUACUAAACCUAACAAGAGAAAAACUGUUAUGCAGACACUAUGAAUGGACAUGAAACAGCUGCUACUACUUCUGCUACCUCUAGCACACCAAGUUGAGCUUCAAGAAUAUUUAAUAUUUCUGUUUCUACUUCUUCCUUCUAACGUUCAUAUUUCACCUCUUAUGAAUCAAAACUGUCACCAUAGCUGCUACUUUGAACCCUUUUAGUAUUACUAUGACUGCCACAGCUAAAGCUACUGUUGCUACUUCUCUGUCUACUUUCACAACUAAUGUACUAUUGUAGCAUACUAGUGAUCAUGAGAGCACCUUCUGACACUUCUGCCUCUGUAGGUGUCGUGGUACUAGCGUUUCUUUGACCACAAUCAUUUCUGCUGUCACUGCUAUGACCACAUCAGUGAACCAAGACUUUUUGCAGCCCAUCCUCACUUUCAUGGUGUCAUAUAUUAACGUUGGGAAAGUUGCCUUUUGCGUCCUAUGCUGACAAAAAUGCCAGCCAUCGGCGUUGCAUUGGCAGCACGACAUGCGAAAAAGAGAUAUCGGUUGGGGUUGGGCCAAACCAUUGGAUGG